AUGAAGAAGGGCGUCUCCAAAGACAGAAAAGAAAAACAAGUCAGCCCCAAGGUGCACAACUUGAGCAUAACUCAGAGGACCGAACUCCCCGUGGGCAGCCUGGGGCUAGGCCUGAUCGUCAUCCAGCAUGGGCCCUACCUCCAGAUCACCCAUCUCCUCAAGAAGGGGGCUGCCGCCAGCGAUGGAACGCUUCAGCCAGGUGAUGUUCUGAUUAAUGUUGGCCAUGCCAAUGUAUUAGGAUAUACUCUUCGGGAAUUUUUAAAGCUUUUGCAAUGCGUCACCACAGGAACAGUGCUGCAAAUCGAGGUUUACCGAGAUUUUAUUGACAUACCCCAAGAAUGGCAAGACAUAUAUGACUUAAUCCCUGAGACCAAAUUCCCAGUAACAUGCACAACGAAGAAAACUGAGCAGGCAAAAGAUGACUUUCUCGCAAGCAGUGAUGACAAGGAAGAUGUAGUUUUAGAUAAAAAACUUAAGUAUUAUAAACGCCCCCAGUCCACUGAGCAUCAGCCUGCAAGGAGACCUGUGUCCAUCUCCAGAGAAUGGCAUGAAUACGAGAGGAAGGAUCAGCCUGUGAGCGUGGGAACAGACCUUCAGUGUGACAUUGUGGUUCACGGAGACGAGAAGGAAGUGAGAGCCCCUUCGCCGUACUGGGUGCUGGCGAAGCAGGACAGGGACAGCUCCUCUUCCUCCUCCGCCUCCUCCGCCUUCUGGCUGGAAGACUACGCCCAGGCCGAGAAGGACAGGGGCCAGCCCGCACCGGGCGUCGGGUAG